UACUGACAGGCAACAUAAAUAGAGGGAGAAGAAAGAGAGACCAGCAAACUUUUGCAUUCCAGCAGCCCUUUGUAUUCUCAAGGAGGAAAAAGAAACAGAAAGCCAGCAGGAGAGGGCCAUUACAGCAACGAUGAAGAUGUUGAAGUUUUUGGUGCUCCUGUUCUUUGCUAUCUUAGUGGGGUCUAAUGGCCAAAGGAAAUGUCUGAAAGGGGCUGGUCACAAGGACAAACCUACCCGUGAAGAUCACUUGAAGGAAUGCACCCUAUAUGCCAAAUCCUCUUGUUGCUAUGCAGACAUUACAGAAAAACUGGCUCAUUCACCAGUAACUAAAAUAAAGACCACCUACUGGAACAGAUGUGGACAUCUCAGUAAAGCCUGUGAGAGUUAUAUGAAGAAGAUGGAGUGCUUUUACAGGUGUUCACCAUAUGCUGCCUACUGGGAACAUCCCAAAUACAGGGCUGCUAUCAAGUCUGUUCCUGUGUGUCAAAACUUCUGUGAUGAUUGGUAUGAAGCUUGUAAAAAUGAUCUCACAUGUGUUAAGAACUGGUUGAAAGACUGGGAAAUUGAUCACAAAGGAGAAAACCACUGUAAGGAUAAGUGCAUCCCCUACAGCCAGAUGUAUGCUGAUGGUACUGACAUGUGUGAGACCAUGUGGGGGGAUUCACUGAAGGUAAGCAAAUCAACCUGCUGCUUGCAAAUGGAUGUGAUGGACACCAUGUUUAUCAAGACCAUACAGAAGAUGGAGGCAAGUUCCUCUUCCUCCUCCUCGUCCUCAUCCUCCUCGUCCUCCUCAUCCUCCAGCAGCAGCAGCAGCAGCAGCAGCAACAGCAGCAGCGAUGAGCAGGUCUGCAGGAGGCACAUAAAACAAAGCCGAAGAAGCAAGAAUAAGAAGGCAUGGAGACAGAGUAAGCCAAAACACUACUGACUGAUGGGAACUCUGUGAGCCUUCACCAAUCGAGAUCGUACCUGAAGAUUACCAGGAAUGUUGCUAAACCAGGCAUCAGAGAACUUGUGCCGCAUCACACCUGUGCCAGUAAAAUCAAUAUCUGCUCUGAUUGUUCUUUUCCAAUGACCUACUAACAACAAUAUAAAUAGAUCAAAUUUAAUCCAAAAUUGUAUCUGUAUGAUUAAUCACUUCUCUAUGGAUGGAGCUUACUUGAAUCUAUCCAAGUCCAUUUUUCUAUGGCAUCAUUUGCCAGUGCAACUUGUGACACAAUUAGCCAGCACAAGACUCAGACAAGAAGGUGACCUGCGCUGCUGGAGUGCUGCUGCCCUCAAUGCAGCAGAGACUGGAAUCCUACAAAACGUGGGCAGGGUGGAGUUUCCUUCAAGUUUCUGCUGGAACUAUGUGCAGAGCUGAAUAGGCAAGUUGUAUUUUGAGCCCCAAAGUGACUCAUUUGUUCAGCUGCAGCAGAAACUUUAAAGACAUCUCUGCGGCAUGUGUGGUUCUCCCUAGCACAUGUAGGAUUGACAACUCUGAUUGAAGUGAUUCCUGGAGUCCUCCCCCCCCCCCACAACAACAACUGGAGAUCGAUGCUGAUUCCUGGAGAUCCCAGAUUAGGGUUAGGCAUAUGUGCCUAACCUUAGGCACAUAUGAAUAGUAUGAUGAUAGCAAUUGCAGUUUGAAGGGGUCAGGUUCUUAAUAUUUAACUCCCAUUUCUCCACUAUUACCAAUAGAUGUGGAAAAUAAUAAAAAUCUAACACUCUUUGUGAAGAAAGGACUGAUUUUCGCUGAAAGUCAUUUUGAUUGUCUCAUUCAUUAUGAACAAAUCUGUGACAGUAUUAGAUUAAAGCCGGCUGAUUUCAAA